AUGACCACGCUUUCAGAAGAUGAUAAAUUGUUGUUUGUGGCGGCGAGGGAGGCGCAGUUGACACGCAAUGAGGCGGUGCAAAUCAUCAUGUCGGAUGUCCCGCACAACGUGCUGCACGGGGCAUUCAUUCGGGUUCUCUUAGAGCUGCAAGAUCGCCGCGAGGACUACAUUGUGGCACGCGUUGGUGCGAUUACCACGGGUGAGGUCUACGGUGGCUUCUCCACCAAUGCAAACAUUAGAACCGAUCACUACCUGGUGCUGCAACUGCCACCGCACCUUGCACAAAUCAACGGGACGCAGUACCAGUUGAACAGCAUCAGCAACUCCGCCAUGACGGAGAUGGAGUUUGCGCGAUGGUUAGAGAUGGCACAGGCGUCACCGCCGCCACCGCCGCCACCGCCGUACAACGGCGGCGAGGGGGGGGCGGUAGCUGGGUCGCCGAUUCCAACGCGGCAAGAGCUUGUCCAUGUCGCCCGGCGUUUGCGUGGCGUUCUUGGCGGCGGGGCACGGCACGGAGCGAGCGUGCACCGUCAGCGGCAGCCCAAUCAGGUACAACAGUGCCCGCAUCCGCACCUGCACAACGCUAUGCCGCCAAACCCCCCAGAUGGCGUGCAGCAGGUGCUUUCCACGUCGCAGAGCCAACUCGCACCGCAGUCCGGUAGUAACCAUUGCACCUUCGACUCCGCCGAGUUUCCGGCGGACCCGGCCUUCCAUAACUGUGCCGUGGCCCAGUUCAAGCGGCAGGGCACCCUGGCCUCGUUGAACGCUGCCACCGCCAGAAACUGUGGCAACCAUAGUACUAAUAACAAUAAUAACAGCAGCAGUACUGGCACCAGCGGGGUUGAGGUCAGUGGCAGUGGUGGUCAAAAGCGUUUUUUCCACGGAGGCGCCUCCCCACGACCCCUGUCGCUCCAAGCACACAGUGCCGUGGAUCUUACUCUGGCGGAGCAGGAGUUUGAGUUGCCCGAUUACCGGCAGAUUCGGCAGGAUAUCAUCAACAAAAUGAGUCAGACCAGCGUGCUGUUUCCGACAAACAUCAAUGAGCUGAAGGUUUCACAGCUGCGGCUGACGGAGCGUGACAUGAUUGAGUACCUGGAGCACGUGCGUGAGGCCAUCUUGAGUAAGCAGGACAACUGUGUGGUGUGCAUGGACCACGUUCCGACGGUCAUUUCACUGCCGUGUCGUCAUAAGGUGCUCUGCAGGUUGUGUGCCCCGUCGGUGAGCACUUGCCCUGUGUGCCGCAGCCAACUGUUCGAGCUCUUCGAGCCGAAGGAGAUCUAG